AUGCCUGGGCCACGCUCCUCAACUCUGCUCCUUACGGUCACCCCUGUUUUGUACAAUGGUGUAACCCCCAUAACCAGGGCUCUGAACAAUGCCUUGGGCAAAGGAUUUAUUCCUCUGGUUACGACUGCAAUUGGAAAAUACUUCCCCAUCACACAGCUCCUCGGCACAUAUGCAACACUCUGUGCAACAGAGACUGGGCGGCAACAAGGAGCCAGAUUGAUGUCUUCUACCCUUCAACUCCAGACCUCACAGUGUCACUUGGGUCCUGCUGGGGCCCCAGCUUUCUUAGUUCCAGAGCAGAGCCCUGGCCACAUGUGA